GCCUCGAGUCCGAAGCGCCGGAUCUUUAUAAACACACUGUCUUCAUCUAUCUAGCGGAUAAUUCAGGAAAGAAAUGAUGGCCCGUAAAUAUAGCAGGAAAGAGUAUCUGUCAGUCAAGGACCUGGAGAAAGUUUUGAACUCGUGUAAGUUAAACUUGCACCAAAUCGAUGAGGUCUGGCCAAACCUGUACAUCGGAAAUGUAGGAAUAGCGCAGAACCGAAGCGCCCUGCAGAACCUCGGCAUCACUCAUAUUCUGAACGCCGCUCACUCCAAGAGAGGAAGCAUCGGGGACCAGAACUACUACGGCACGAGUUUUGUGUACUGCGGUAUCCCCGCUGACGACUCUACGCACUUCGAUUUGGAUGUUUACUUCAAACCGGCAGCAGAUUUUAUUCACAAAGCUCUCAACUCUCCUGAUGGGAAAGUUCUGGUGCACUGCAUCAUGGGAAUGAGCCGCUCCUCAUCACUAGUGCUGGCGUACCUGAUGCUCUAUCAUGACAUGCCUCUGCACACGGCCUUACGGCGUAUCGUCCAGAAACGAGCCAUUUAUCCCAACAGAAACUUCCUGGCUCUGCUCCUGGAUCUGGACCUGCAGAGGAAGAGGAAACACAGGAGAUGUGUUCUGCUAUGAACCAACAACCACAUGAUGAACGAUCAUAACACCACGUCCUAACCAGGCCGGAGACGCGACAAGUGAUUUGUCUCUCUGCACUGAACAAGAGAACAUAAAUGCUAUCGACCGAAUUAAUAUGCAUUAUAUCGUGAUCUGGGUGAAUACUCGAUUCUGAUUGGCUGCAGGGUGUCCAUUAAAAAGAUAAUGGACACCUAGUAAAGGAGUUCUGGUGAAACUGACUGUUUACCGUUCGAAAUUAAUAAAUAAAUGCGCUGGUGGCUACAGCUGUGAGUAACC